UGGAUGCACAACAAUGGCCACACAUCGAGAUUGAAAUGAAGAGAUAAAAAUAUUCCUAUACAUUCGGAGGCAAGCUUUGCUGACUAGAAAAAGACGCCAGUAAUUUGAAAUGGUGUUCCCGAGUGGAUACGACCCAGGAGGCCGACAUCUACUGCUGUUUAUUAUAAUUCUAGCAGCUUGGGAGGCGGGAAGAGGUCAGCUCCAUUACUCGGUUCCGGAGGAGGCUAAACACGGCACCUUCGUGGGCCGCAUCGCGCAGGACUUGGGGCUGGAGCUGGCGGAGCUGGUGCCGCGUCUGUUCCGGGUGGUGUGCAAAUUCCGUGGGGACCUUCUGGAGGUAAAUCUGCAGAAUGGCAUUUUGUUUGUGAAUUCUCGGAUCGACCGCGAGGAGCUGUGCGGGCGGAGCGCGGAGUGCAGCAUCCACCUGGAGGUGAUCGUGGACAGGCCGCUGCAGGUUUUCCAUGUGGACGUGGAGGUGAGGGACAUUAACGACAACCCGCCCUUGUUCCCAGCAACACAAAAGAAUCUGAUCAUCGCGGAAUCCAGGCCGAUUGACUCUCGGUUUCCACUAGAGGGCGCGUCCGACGCAGACAUCGGGGAGAACGCCCAGCUCUCUUACAGACUGAGCCCCAAUGAAUAUUUCUCUCUGGACGUGCCAACCAGUAACCAGCAGGUAAAACCUCUUGGACUUGUAUUACGGAAACCUCUAGACAGAGAAGAAACUCCGGAGCUUCAUUUAUUGCUUACGGCCACCGACGGAGGCAAGCCUGAACUGACUGGCACCGUUCAGUUACUCGUCACGGUACUGGACGUCAAUGACAAUGCCCCAGUGUUCGACAGAACCCUCUAUACGGUGAAAUUACCAGAAAACGUUUCUAUCGGAACGCUGGUGAUUAACCCCAAUGCCUCAGAUUUAGACGAAGGCUUGAAUGGGGACAUUAUUUACUCCUUCUCCAGUGAUGUUUCACCAGAUAUAAAAUCCAAGUUCCACAUGGACCCCGUAAGUGGGGCAAUCACAGUGAUAGGACAUAUGGAUUUUGAAGAAAGCAGGGCACACAAGAUCCCAGUAGAGGCUGUCGAUAAAGGUUUCCCACCACUGGCUGGUCAUUGUACAGUUCUUGUGGAAGUUGUGGAUGUUAAUGACAAUGCUCCACAGUUGACUCUCACUUCCCUGUCUCUCCCUAUCUCAGAGGACGCCCAGCCAGGUACAGUCAUCACAUUGAUUAGCGUGUUUGACCAAGAUUUUGGAGUAAACGGACAGGUUACCUGCUCCCUGACGCCACACGUCCCCUUCAAGCUGGUGUCCACCUUCAAGAAUUACUACUCAUUGGUGCUGGACAGCGCCCUGGACCGCGAGAGCGUGUCGGCCUAUGAGCUGGUGGUGACCGCGCGGGACGGGGGCUCGCCUUCGCUGUGGGCCACGGCCAGCGUGUCCGUGGAGGUGGCCGACGUGAACGACAACGCGCCGGUGUUCGCGCAGCCCGAGUACACGGUGUUCGUGAAAGAGAACAACCCGCCGGGCUGCCACAUCUUCACUGUGUCCGCGCAGGACGCGGACGCGCAGGAGAACGCGCUGGUGUCCUACUCGCUGGUGGAGCGGCGGGUGGGCGAUCGCGCGCUGUCGAGCUACGUGUCGGUGCACGCGGAGAGCGGCAAGGUGUACGCGCUGCAGCCGCUGGACCACGAGGAGCUGGAGCUGCUGCAGUUCCAGGUGAGCGCGCGCGACGCGGGGGUGCCGCCUCUGAGCAGCAACGUGACACUGCAGGUUUUCGUGCUGGAUGAGAACGAUAACGCGCCGGCGCUGCUGGCGCCUCGAGUGGGUGGCACUGGUGGUGCUGUGAGCGAGCUCGUGCCGCGGUCUGUGGGCACCGGUCAUGUGGUGGCGAAGGUACGCGCAGUUGACGCAGACUCAGGCUACAACGCGUGGCUUUCGUUCGAAUUGCAACCGGUGUCCGCCGGCAUACGCAUCCCGUUCCGCGUGGGGCUAUAUACUGGCGAGAUCAGCACGACACGAGCCCUAGACGAGACAGAUGCACCUCGCCACCACCUUCGGGUUCUGGUAAAGGACCACGGGGAGCCCUCGCUGACAGCCACAGCCACCGUGCUGGUGUCGCUGGUGGAAAGUGGCCAGGCGCCAAAGGCAUCGUCGCUGGCAUCGGUGGGCGUUGCAGGCCCAGAGACCACACUGUUGGAUGUCAACGUCUAUCUGAUCAUCGCCAUCUGCGCCGUGUCCAGUCUGUUGGUGCUUAUCCUGCUGCUGUACACUGCGCUGCGGUGCUCAGCGCCGUCCUCCGAGGGCGCCUGUGGUCUGGUAAAGCCUACUCUGGUGUGCUCCAGCGCAGUGGGGAGUUGGUCAUUCUCACACCAGAGGCGGCAGAGAGUGUGCUCUGGGGAGGGCCCACACAAGACCGACCUCAUGGCCUUCAGUCCAAGCCUUCCUCAGGGUCCCUCCUCUACAGACAGUGUGAGUUAUAAAUUAUCUUGUUUCCAACAAUUUAAAAAUAAUUAGUUCAAUUUGUCUCCUUAAAUUUUCUUUCAUAAUUUCUUUUUUAGUUGAUAGCUUUAUAUAUAAUUAGUUUUUAGUGUUAUACUGUAUUUGCAUUAAUUAUUUGGAAUUACAUUUAAUAUAUACUUUUGUUUUGGGAUAUGUAAUAUUGUAGAUCAAAAUCUAUGGUUUAUGUUGAUUACUCUAUUUUUGGAGGAGGACUUCGCUAACUGGAACAAUGGAUUCACCUUUCUUCUGUAGCGUAUUUACAUAAUUAAAUAUUUACAUAUUCAUAUUUUGAUAGUCAAUAUUUAUAAAUGCUAUAGUAAACAAAUUUUAAUAUAUAUUUUACCUAGUAUUUAUUCUAUGUAUUGUCAUUUUAUAAAAUAUACAUGUGUC